AUGCCAGUCCCUAAUUCUACUGUUCCAUCUGUUAAUAAUCCUGGUCUAGCAGUAUCACAACCAAACGGGAGGGACCUGCCAAACAACGAAGUAGCAGCACAGGAAAGUGUGUUCCCUUCCAUGGCUAGUUUCCUCGGUAACAAUAACUUUUUUGGCUCUGAAAACAAUGCAGAUAGCCAACAGGACAAUGAACCUAUGGAGAGUGCCUUAUCUACCAGCAUUAAUGACUUUGACUUUAAGCUAUACAAAUGUAGGAAAUUGCAACUUGAAGUUGCAUAUUUACAAGAAUGUAUAGACAAAAAAAUAAUACCUAAAGGGUUGUGUCAGUGGCGCUACCCAAUGGGAUUGGUGGAAGACUCCCUCUUUCAUAGAGAACUUUUGGCACUAUUUGAUAGACAGGGUUUUGAGUUUUUGGGGGCUCUGAUCAACUUUUAUAAAAUGGAAAUUGGUGACUUGAAGGCCAAAUUGGAGAUUUUAGAACAUUUUAUUAAAAAUCACAACGAGUUUCCAAGACACAAGUAUGAAUAUGCUCGGAUUUUUACGAGCAUAGAGGCCACAAUGACCAAGUUGCUAGCAACAAAAAAGAAAAAAAUAGCUCGAGAUGUACAUGAUUAUUCAAAUAACAAAGCAUAUCCUAGAACCCCUUUUAACAUUCCCACUAUCUCAAAUGUUUCCAACCAGUCUCCUGAGGUGAACAAUAUUAAUAGUCCUGAAACAUCGGAUAACUACAUUAAUGGAGACUCUUUGUCUGGCGAGGUACAAACACAACCUCUGAGACGUAGUGAAAGGCUUAACAACAACAAUGCCUCUAGGAAUGACAAUACAGCUUUUAAUAGCAAUCAAUACAGAGGUUUAAAUAAUAAUAACAACACUGACGUGACAGCUACAUCGAACCAGCAGGGUUUUCACAGGAACCCCAAUGGGCAACAGAACAACCGCCAAUCGAACAGGAAACAACCUCUACCAUGA